AUGGCAAUAGGCACACUAAUCGCAUCAUCGAAAGAUAACUAUAGGAAUAUCAAAGACGGCCCUUUGUCAGGGAGGACACUGCGAACGCUAGGCCCUGGGACAGCAAACUCGAUGCCAGCGAGGAAUAUUCCUUCGCUAGGCCUACAGGGAUGUACCACGUCCUCUCCAGUAAAGGCUUCGUACCCUUCCAACUCAAAAUCUAAACGGCCGAAAGAUGUAUCAUCCAAACCAGACGAUGAGGGAAGCAUCUUUUCAAAUUUAGCUAUUCCAAAUACCCAUCCUCCAUUUGACGACGGUAAGAACAAGCCGAGGGAAGCUUUCAUGGAAUGCGCCUCUGAGGUGCACAGAUUGUAUAGAAAUAUCCUUGUAAAUCGCCCUGUGUCACCGCUGCCUUUCAUCAUCGAUCAACUCCACCAGGAACUUGAACACAAAGGUCACUAUGACAUACCACCAGACCAAAAAUGCAAGUCGACAAGUUGCGAAAUGCAUUCUGUAGAAGCUAAACCGAAGCAAGGGAAAAUGUCCCCGACGAAGGAACAGACACCCACGAGAGAAAACUCAAGCAUUAGCCACAGCCCGGGUGUGCAACCGGAGGAUUGCGUAACUGAGGUUUUUCACAUCGACAGGCCCAUAACACCUCUGCGCUUGUCUAGUGAAAAAGACAACGAUACAAUAUUUGAGGAACCAAUGAAUGAGACGUUUAAAGCUCCCGACAAUACAUCAUUGCUACAGGUGUCAACCUUCAACUUGUCAACAAAAUGCGAUCGCCCUGAAACCAUCUCCGGUGAUUCGAGUGGCACCAGCUGUGCGAACUGCAGCACUAUGUCUCGACGGAAGACCUCCUGUGUCGUGCAAAAUGAAGGGGAGGAGUCUUUGCCCAACUCGACAAGCUACACUAAACCGUCGCCAGGCCACAUUCCCACCCUCUCCGGCUCCACUCUCAGCUCCUCGCCAGGGAUCCGUGCUUCGGCGCCGCCGUCUUGGCUAUUACGGAUGUCCCCCCUUGGGAGUGUCGCCCAUACGGUCUCCCCGCACCCCGACUGCGCCCCCCCCUUACCCCAUCCCAGUCUCCCCCAGCGCGGCUUCAGCACCCUUUCCAAGGUGACCCCUUCGCAAGCCAACCCCACAACCGCUGUCCUGCCUGUGUUCAGCAAACGAGUCUCUUUGAAUGGAAGCAUGAUGGCAGCUGGGUCUACGCUAGAUGUUCGUUCCUCGGGAAGUGAUAUCUCCUCCGUGUUUAGUGCGGCCCCGGUUGACGUCCAGGAGAUGCUACGGGAGCUUCGAGUGGCAAAAGAGGAACAUGUUGGAAUGGCUCGAACCCAUGUCACUUGGAAUGAGAUGGUGGAUAUCCUAGAGAGCGUCUCCUUCCCCGCACACGAUGCGACGCUGCUAGCGGAUCUCUUUGAUGAGCUGUGGUUGAAUCAACAAAACCGGCUGCGGAAGUUGGCGGCCGAUAAGGAACUUGCUGCAAGUGGGUGCAGCUCUACAAGGACGACACCAUUGUGGGGCUCAUGGGUCCCAGGGCGCAAGCAGCAUUACGUCUGUUCCCCCUUUGACGGAAAGCCCAUACACUCCGCGGAGGCCAUAACUAAGGGUGGACUUCAACGCGUCCAAACAAAUCCCGGCAUAGUCCGGAACGUCGCUGAUGAAGCGGUGAAAGGCUCAACGUCGUCAGGGAAAAAAGCGGCAAUGUCCAAGUCGCUACAUGAUCAACCACCUAUUCCGAUGGUGCGCUUUGAAACCUUUUUAGCAUGCAUGACCUACAAAAUACAGGGACGGUACCCUCUGGAGGUGAUUCGCCAAGCCUUUUUUGAUCUUGUCGAAGAAUACGGAGUCACACGCAGCGUCACCAGCGAUGCCGUUAGCCACAAGCUUGGGUUGGUCCUCGAAUCAGCGCCCAGCUCGACGGGGGUCUUGUCAAAUGCAAAAGAGACUGAAACUCAUUUCCCGAAACAUGGCUUCGAGAGUGCGACACGAGUAAAAAGCAACGACAUCUCCCUUGCUUCUGAGUACCACGACCGAUGCGAAGGGACGCAUCUGCUGUCGUCAGCGUGCUGCACAGACUUCGCCGAGCCAUCCGUGACACUUGAACUCAGCAACCUGACUGAUUCAAACCCUGAUAAGGCUAACGACGGUCAAACAAAGGUGCAGGAGCUGGUGAUGUCGAUGAAAUCACUUCGCGAUAAUCUAAAGGAGACCUCUAGUUCACAUAAUUUGUUCAAUGGAACCGUCAAUAUGAAGGAUAGUUCCCAGAUAGCAUCUAACCUGACAACUCACAUGGACCUUAUGGGCAGUAUCACGAGCUCCAGCCGGCUCUUCUCACCGCACCUGACGGUCAUGGCGCAUACCGUGCCGCUAUGGAUGUGUGUAGUGGAGGGCAUCCAAGGCCUCCUCGGCCUAAACAAUUUCGAUGGUGCGGAUAUUGAACAGGCCCUCAACAUGGCAGGCCAGCCUUUGCACAAUCUCGACUACCACUGUCACCUGGACGAAUUCAUACGCCUCGUGCACUGCGUGACGAUGUUGGUGAAUCGGAAGCUCAUGAACUCUAGUAACCAUUUCAAAGGGGGGAACCUCUACCCGACGCUGAUCCGAAGCGCGGCAAGCGUGACGGCUUCUGGUAAUGCGGGAUAUAGCGGCAGUAGUAAUAAUAACAAUAGCACGAGUAGGAGCGAAAAUGAAAGAAAUCCUAUUAUGUUUUCGUUAAACGCGAAUUAUGUGGCAUGGUAG